CCGGCCAGCACAGCGAGCCAGCCAGCCAACGGUAAGCGACCGCCACAGCGCCUCCACAGCUCAGGCCUCGAACAUCCACGGACUCACUUUGCAAGCGGCGCCCGGGACAAGGCGCCCCGAGCCGGGCGGCGGUUUGCAAAUUUAGACCGGGGAUCGAGAGCUAAUGUUCACAAGGAGAAGAAUCACGUGAUGUAUGAAGGCAAACACAUACACUUCUCAGAGGUCGAUAACAAGCCAUUGUGCUCCUAUAGCCCCAAGCUCUGCAAGCAGCGCCGGCUCAACGGCUACGCAUUUUGCAUCCGCCACGUUCUGGAGGACAAGACCGCUCCAUUCAAGCAAUGUGAAUUUGUAGCCAAGUACAACAGCCAGAGGUGUACAAACCCUAUCCCGAAGUCUGAAGACCGAAGAUACUGCAACAGCCACCUGCAAGUCCUCGGUUUGGUGCCCAAAAAGGAACGGAAGAAAAAGAAUGAGCAGCUAGAAGACGUGCGCCCCAGACUGCACCCUGAUGUUGCCAUGGCAGUCAGCCUGGCAGUGCCCUCGUUGGCCCUGAAGACAGCAAAUGGUUUGGACGGACCGACGCGAUCACCACAGAGGCCACGGCUGCCCCUCCAGUACCUGGAGCGCGAGCUUGAUGACCCAUUUGCUUUCCCUGACGACGACGAUUGUGCGCUGAGGAAAGGAACUGUCAAACGGAAGCUUCAGACCAAACUGGCUCAGAACCGGCAGCAGCAGCAGCAGCGGCUGCUGCGAGAGCCCGAGAUUUUCAGACUGCAAUCAGAGCACUUUAUCCCCCAUCCUGCACCUCCUCGGCCACUCUACCCCGGCACUCCCCCUCUCUCCAGUCCCCCGCGACCUGCCGUACUGUCACUGGGCCUGCUAUGCAAACCCCCUCUGCCCCCGAGCCCCAGCCUGCCGCAAGCGGCGGCCCACAGUACAGUAGCUACGACGCCUGCCUCACACUCGCCAAAUGGGAAGCCCCACCGGACCGCCUCCCCGCCUCAGCAAACAAAGACGCCACCCCUACCACAGCCUGCUGCUGUCCCGCCCACACCUGCUGCCAAGGCAGCGGACUCUUCCAGGCCCAAUAUGGUCGUCCUCAAGGCUUCGAACUCCAUGCCAGUCUGCAAACAGCACUCAGCCUGUGUGAACAGGCUAAAGAGACUAGCAAAGCUGUGCGCUGAGAAGCAACUAUUGCAUCGGGAUCUCUUUCCACAUUUAGGGCUAGAUUGGUCCGAGGACAGCGAGGAAGAAGAAGAGGAAGAUGAACGUGUGCCUCCUUGCCAGUAUGCUUGGACGUUGCGAGACAAGUGGUCAGAUGUUCACCCAGACUCUGAAGAUGAGGCACGGAGCACGAGAAGCUUGAGAGUGGCACGGCUCUGCACUUACCUGCAGCACAGAUACACGCAGCUUUGUCAUGUGGAGCGAGCAGCGGCACGCCAACAGAGGUGUCGACAUGCCUUCCGGAGGGCCUUGCUGCAGGCAGCCAGCAACGAACCUGAUUAUGCUGGGCAGUUGCUUCGAGACCUCAGAACAGGACCUCCCACCCAGACCAGCAUGAAGCAGCCAGACCACAGAGUAGUGGAACCAGCACUGUGUACAGGAGCCAUCAAGGGCCAGCAUUGCCCCAACAUGUCUCUUCCAUACACCAGGCAUUGUUUUCAACAUAUCUUGUUGAGUCGCUCACAGCAGCUGUUCUCAAGCUGCACGGCCAAGUUCGCAGAUGGGCAGCAGUGUUCCAUUCCAGUGUUUGACAUCACACACCAGACCCCACUGUGUGAAGAGCAUGCAAAGAAAAUGGACAAUUUCUUGCGAGGUGACAGUAACCGGAAAGUCCAGCAACAAAGGAAACCCAGGAAGAAAACCAAGCCUCCAGCACUUACCAAAAAACACAAGAAGAAACGGCGGAGAGGCCCGCGGCGGCCUCAGAAACCCAUUCCUCCAGCAGUACCCCAGGGCAAUCUUACAAUGCCUUCCAGUCUUGGCAUAUCAGUCAUGGCCUCCCACGUCAGGGAUUCUUCAACCCCAGAACUAAGUGCUGAUGAAAUCCCUGAUGACAUCACCAACGAGAUCACAGAUAUGCCAAAUGACCUGGAACUAAAUCAAGAAGAGUUGGCAGAGGUUCUUCAGCGAUUGCCUGAUGACUUGCAGGACUUUGACCUCUUUGAAGGUAAAAACGGCGAGCUGCUGCCCACCACGGAGGAGGCGGAGGAGCUGGAGCGAGCGCUGGAGGCUGUCACCUCGUACGCCGCCUCGCUGGAGUGCCUGAGUUCCAUCGGUGAGCUGGCGCACACGGACGGCGACGGCGACCAGGAGCUGUCGGGCAGAGGGAUGGGCGUGUUCGUAGCCGCCGCAGGGAUCCCGGCCCUGGGCAGAGCGGUCAACAACGAACUGGGAGACCUGCUGAACGGGCGCCUGUCCACCGAGAACUUCUCCAGCCUGGAGCUGGACGAGAACCUCCUGCCCCCGCCCUCGGCGCUGCCCAGCCCGGCCAGUCAGGCGCAGGCGGCAGUGGGCCUAGCCGGCCUGGGCGAGCGGGCCUACCCGCCGGCCCACUUCCACGGGCUGCGGGCCGACGCCAGCCGCGCUUCGCCCCGGGCCCAGCUACUGGGCAAGGCGGAGGAGCUGCUGACGUCGCGUCCGCGCUGCGGGAGCGAGCACUCGCGCUCGUCGCCCUACAGCAGCGAGCACGCGCCCUCGCCCUACAGCGAUCACGUGGGCUCGCCGCCCCGCCCCCCGCCGUUCCCCGGCGACGGCCUCGGCGCGCCCUUCUCGCCCGAUGUCGCCGCCCUGCUGCCCGCUCACGUCCUGCCGGCUCAGCUCGUCAACUCCCGGCCCCAGUGGGGCACCAUCAGCCUGAGCGACCCGGCCACCUUCAGCGGCCUGAUGGCGUCCGGCCCCGAGGGCCGCCUCCUCUCCACCUCGCUCUCCACCCCGCUCUCCACCCCUCACUCGCCCUCCACCUUCUCCAGCGCCACGGCGCCCGGCAACGCCGUCCUCCUCACCGGCCUGGGUCAGGCCGGCUUCGGCGGCAACGGCGGCGCCAACCUGGCGCCCUCCUCGCCCCCUGAGGUGUCGCCCGCCAACCCGGCGGCCAAGCAGCCGCUGCCGCAGUUCAGCGCCGCCUUCGGCCCGCAGCUCGGCUCCCACAGCGGCAUCCCCAAGGACGUUCAGCCCACACACAGCUCGAUAGCACCCCCCACAGGCUUCUCCGUAACCGCAGCCGCCGCCGCCAGCACGAACAAUGCCACGGCUCCCUUCAGCCCCUCGCAGUGAGUCUACGCUGGAGCACCGGGCGAAGCAAGACCACACCUUCCUCCUGCCUUGCAAGUGAGGGUCGACACGUUGUCCUGAUUUCUCUCCCCCUCCCCAGUGGUGUCUUGGAGUUUAAAGGUUAUCAACCAGUUUUAUUGCUUUUAAAACAAAAAGCCUUCCCGCGUGGCUGUCGAGGGGAUAAAACGUUUCGGGAACCAGACUUUGCGAGAACGUGAACUUGUGACCAAGCAGAGAUGCCAGUGAUUCCUACCCUUAUUAGUCAACAGAGCAAAAUAUGAGGUGUCAUGCUCAUUAUUGUUGCAUUCAACCUUCCAAAAGGAACAAAAAAAGAACAUGCCUUUUGUAAAGAUUUUUUGAACAACUGACCCAAAUGUCUUUUGCACACCCGUUCACUUGGUAUACUCUUUCCUGCUUUAACAUUCAAGAACCCUGCCCCUAUCAUUGGCAUCUCUGUGGUGAGCAGCAUUUUAGCAAGUCGGCAGCCAGGCCACCUGCAGCAGUUGCCUUUGGCAGAAAUGGCAGGUGGAUCCAGACUUCUGCCAACUUUUUACCAGAUACCGCCAUCGCUUACCUGGAUAUUUUGCCAAGCAGCCAUUAUGAGUUCAGGUGACUUUCCACCUUGCUAGGGCCUUGUGUGCUUUUUAAAAAGGGGGAUCGGUGACAUUUUGCCCCUUUCCUUUUCAGGGCUAAAAGAGCUUAAUACAUUCAGUUUGAGUAUAUUUUUUAUGUAAAUACAUUAGUACAUUUUAUGAUGACAUUACUUAUCUAUAAAAUCAUUAAUGGCACACUGUUAAGUAUCAAACUCAAGGUAGAUGUUUGGCUCAUUGAGGCUUUUUAUAUAAUAAAACGGACACACACACACACACACACACACACAAGUGUGCGCACACAAAGUUGUAGAUCAGGUGCCCACGUUCUCUGCACAGACAUGCCACAACAUUUGCUGUUUGAUUGUCAAGCGAGGUGCAGAACUAACUUAUCAUUUAUUUGUUAAAAUGCGGUCCUAAAACUCAGUCUAAAGUCUUCUGUGCAUGGACUACUAACAAGCAAAUCAUUUCACUCCGUAAGGACACCAGGGCAUGUUUUAUGAAUGCCAUAUUUGCAGAGGCUCCAACUCCUAGGCUCAAAGCCAUGAAUAAGAGUUACCUUGCCAUCUAGCUCUGCAUUGCACCAUUCUCCAACAACCCACUUCACCUUUCCUCUGCAUCCUUCUUUAUGCCUGCCCCUUCUCCUAGUGGUGUACAGACAUUAAGGCAUCAAUUACUUUUGCUCCAAUUUGUACAUUUCUGUGAGUGGCCAGUCAGAGUUAUCCUUCCCAAAAUCGCAAGUGCUGCAUCUGGGUUAGACGUAAUCACAAUAUAAAAUGUUCACUGAAGCUUUUGUUGCAUUUUAGUUAGCUGGUGAAAGAGCCUUUGUGUAUUGGACAGCAGAGAUUGUGAGGGUUUUUCUAGGAUUGAUGGAGUGUUGCUUGGGGUGGAUAUAUGUUUCUUCCAUUUCCUCGGACCCUUAAAAGCAGGGCUUUUGAGGUAUCAUGAGAUCCCUAGCUGCAUCAAAGCACGUGGAAUCCAAAUUUGCUCUCAAACCGAUCUAGUACUUUUGAUGUUCUCGACAGCAAAUUCAUGUGCGGUCUGGGGGUGCUUAUCCCUGGCUUCUAGAAUUUAGUUGUUUAUUCCACUGCCUCGACACCUGCAAAAAUAAACUGGCAUGCAAGUGGCACAAAGUUAAGCAAGCUAAAGUGUGCCACCCACUGCUUUCUGCAAUGCAUCCAGUGUCCUAUAAUGCCAAAUAUGUCGGAUUUUUUUGAGAGAAAGUUUAUUUAUGUUAAAAGCUUUGAAAAUGUAUAAAAUAUAUCCAGUGGGCUAUAUGCUUGUGCCUCUUAUAGAGUUUUCAAAUGAUAUGCUACAAUGGGGUUACCCCAUUUUUAACAUUUUAAGUUAAUCACGUGUCUGCGCGUAAACACACACACACUCUCUCUCUCUCUUUAUAUUGUAUAUAAUAUACAUUGUAUCUAUUUACAAGUUCCAAUGCCAUCUCCUUCCUUGAUCGCAACACAUCUAAAUUAAUUUUUGCAGCUCCACCGUUAAACACUGCAUCACCCAAUUCCCAAAGCACAGUGUCCUUGUAAAUUUCCUGCACUCUUAGAAUUUCCCAUUGACUUAAAAAGUAAAGACUGAAAGACCAGGGAAGAGUUUCAAUGAACCUUUGCUUGCAGAAUGUCUUGGACUUUUGAUUUGAAAUGAGGAGCCAUCCCUGAUGCACCUUGAAGGUGUGUAGGAUUCCAAGUUGAGGGUUAUUUCUUUUGUUUAAUAAAGGUGACCUUGCUGCACAUUAUGGAACGGAACUGUGCCAGAUAUGUAUUGUGGAAAGGCAAUGACAAUUUUCUGCACAGAUGCCCAUAAACACCCAAAUUUUGUUAAACCUGAUGCUCUCAUCAUGGAAUAUGCAUUCUAAUUAUACAUUGGUUGUUUACUUAAUUGAUUGCCAUAAUGAGUGCUUCAUUGUUUGUUGGUUUAAUUUGGGUGCGAUCUAGUUUAAUAAUGCUUUGUGUCAGAUUUGCUUAGAAGGGAGGGGAGCAGUGAAUGUUCACCGUUGGGUUAGUGCGGGAGUAGCUCUUUUCAAGUAGCCCAGGUGCUUAGUAGGAGGUGCAAAUUAUGGGGGCUUUCUGCAGUCUGUCUCAAGUGAAUGGACGACUUGAAGCUUGUGAGGUAGGGAGGGUGCGGAAAAGAAUGACGUUUGCAGCUCUGGCUAACUGGUUUUGCAUUCCAGUUUGCUUUAGACAAGGUAUUCUUGUUUGAGGUACGGCUGAGGGACUGGUGUGUGUGUGUGUGAUAUUUAUCCAGUGAGUUACUGACAGGAUCCAACUAAAUAAUGGUCCCCAAGCAGAGAACCACUUUGUCAGAAUCCUUUCCAGUAACUCUGACAAAAAUAAACAACCCACAAGCUUCCACUUCUAACUCGGGUUGGCGCAUCUCUUCACCAUAACCUACUGGUUUGACUCCCGUUGCCCCCUACCCCCAGUCUGUGAUCACUUCCUCCAGGCAGCUCACAAGCCUGUAUCACUGCGCAUCUGCCUUAUCACUCCCUAAUCUUUCUUCCUCCCCGACCCCCUUGUCUGUGAACCUCCCCAUCCCUGACCCUCUGAGUGUAUUUGUGCAUUUCUCCAGCCUAACCAGCCCUCCCCCCUUGUUCAGUCUAUUUCUUCACCCUAACCCUUUGGUCUGCAUGUUUCUCCAUCCUAUCCCCUGGUCUGUGUGUUUCUCCACUCUGGUCCCCAGCCCCAGUUUUGUAUAUCAGGGAAAAUUUCAUUGUGGGUAGUUUAAUUUUGAGUAGUAUGGAUACGUUGUUCCUGAUGAAGAUGAGAGCAAGUAUUUGGGUGCAGGUUACUUUUGGGCUUUUCUGUCCAUUAUGAUAUUAUUAAAUUCCAGGUUCUUUGGUUAGACCGCCACAUAGCUUUAGAAUUAGGGCAGUCUUGAUUUUUGAGUCACCUACUAGACUAGGAAAACCCCAGCUAUGGCUUGAAAUUGUGUUUUGAAGCUGAGUUCUGUGCAGCCUUUUUUUGGGAUCAUCAGCUAACUGUGCAAUGUGUUGGGACCAAGCUGCUGCCCACCCUCCUCCCCACCCCCAAUUGAAGUUCUUGGGCAGUAGUCCCACUCUUCCAGCUACUGAAUAAACUAGGAUCUUAAAUUAUUCCAUGCUGUUUUAUCCUGAUCUCUAGAAUAGCUCAUUGUGUUUUGUAUACUCCUUCCCUGGUAGCUUAACAGAAAGGAGAGAUCCCUGGCUUAUCCUUAAUCAUUUUAUUAAAAUCAACACACAGUUGCUUUGCCAUUUCAGUUUCUUUAACUUGGAGGCUGAAUUUCAUGCUUCUGAGAGAAGGAAUAUUCGGUACUUGUUUUUUCCUGCACUGAAAUAAGGGUAUUUUAAUGAUGUUACCUGACACUGGAUUUGGUUAAUAAGUCAUCGUCCUUCCUCCCACACUCAUUGCUUUCAAUCAGUUAGUUUCUUGACCAGAAAAGAGAUACCUAUUUUUUGUUGUCCAGCUUCACUGGAAUGGAUUGCUUGCUACAGCUUAGCCUCUGAGGGUAGUGAACUGCAGAAACUGUUAGUACCAGUAUUUGCAAUCUGGGCCCUGAUUUGUUCAGUACAUGUACAUCUUGUACAUUACCAACCAGCACAGGGAUUGUCAGAUUGGAAGCUGUGUGCAAAAGAGAAGGGGAGAUCUUUUGAUAGAUGCUGCAACUGGCACUUGUGCACAUCCUUGAUGCUUGUACAAGCAAGAGGUUUACCCACAGUAUCCAAGAGACGUGGGCUGAUCUGACAGGCAUGCUUGCCUAUGGCAGUUAAUGUAAGAGGUAAUAGUGUGAGGAUUAGAGUUCCACGUGUGUCACGCUAUGCUGUAGCAGUGAACCACUGUGCUGUUGCCUUCAGAUUUAUGCAAGGGAGUAGGAUGAGUAGACUUCACUUGCUUUAAACAAAAAUGUUGCUGUAUUGAAAUGUAUUUAGUAUGGAAAUUAUAGCAAUUUUUAAGGAACACACUUUUUUUAUCUGGAUUUGUAACUGCUGGAAUCCACUUUAGUGCCCUAAUUGCUUUUGUUGAAUCAAGUUGAGCUUAUUUUCCCUUUUUAAGAAUCGGUCCUUCUGGUUUGCUCUCCCCACCUCCAUGAUCAGCUUGCAGAGUUGGCAAAAGCUCGGGAGACCCAAUGUUUCUUCAGGUAACUAGAUUGGUAGUGUGGCUGAAGUGAUUCCAGGUGUCACCAAAAGCCCCUCUAACAUCUGUCUCCCUGUUUUGGUUGAAUUGAUGUCUGGCGUUUCAGGGAAUGAUUUAGUGGAAAGAGCUGUGGAGAAGUCCCAGGUCACAAGGAUAGUAAUAGGUGAGCUCAUUCCACCACCAUCUUCGGAGAAGCAGGCAGCACCCCAAUUUGUAAAUGAAGUCUGAAUUACUGACAGGACCAUUCUUGAUAUUGGUGAAUAGGAUUGAUACCAGUCCAGAGUUUGCGUUUUACCAGUCUGUUCCCUUUUUGUUGAGGAUUAUGAUCAAACUUUAAAUUUUGCUGCAUGUUUACCUUACCCAUCCUCAUUAGCAUCUUCUAGUUGUUUUAUACACAAUGCCUGCCAAUAAGUAGUGUAGCAUCACUCACCCAAUUCUUAUCCUUUGGAUGCUAAUUAUUAUCCCUUGUAUUGAAAGGUGCCAGGUACAGCCUUGCGAAACAUCAGGUGGACCAUUUACUCCCAGCAUUCUAGUAUAAAACCACACAUUGGGUCAGAGAACAUUACACCAAGCCAGCUCCUAGCUUGGCUACAUAUUGUUUUGCAUUGAACAGCUAGGAAAAAAACAACAUUGGAUGAUUUUGAGCAUUCGGUGUUUUAUUCCACCAGAUAUGAAAGCCCCAGAAUAAAGUUUUAGCCAAUUUAGAGUGAUUUUUUUGUAAAUAUAAGCAACGAGCUUGGAGUUAUUAGCAAGUAGUUUGAGUAGUUUGAUGUCCAUGCCAAGGCCAUUCAAAUGUUGGAAUGGAAUGGGUGAUCCCAGUAGUCAAAACAAAAUGCUGGAACUGAAUACCCAAGCACAUUGUUACCCAAAGAAGUGAAUUGAAGACCUACAUAGGACGAAAGCCAUACUGAGUUUCAGUCAACACAUGAGUGGUCAGAUAAUAAAUUUUUGCCAUCCAUCUUUGGAAAGGAUCUUGACUAUCACUACAGAACUCGGCUCUGCAGUGAUUUCUCCUUUCAAUUUUUAUUUUUCCAAGCAUGAUUGUCAUAAUCUCAGACUCGUCAAAGCACAAGGACAUGAGUUUUUGUGCACAUAAACUGUUUUUAGUCUUGUUGAUAGUGCAGAUUGAGCAGAUUUGUGAAAAGAAAUCUUUGACAUUUAGAUGAAGUGUAGAGAUGGUAGAUAGUGAGCAGGAGGUUAGGUAGUAACCCUUCACCUUCAGGACAGGAUCACAGGUCAUUCAGAUAAAGAUCCCCUCUAUAAGGUAUUUUGGUUUUACAGUGUGCUUUAACAACUUGGCUUAAGACCAAACUCAGUGGGAUGAAAGUCCUCCAUCUGUGUUGGCUUAUAAGGGGUAAACGUGAAAUUGCACCCAGCCAAGAGAGACCACAAAGAAGGUUGAUGUGGAAAGCACUGGGGUCAGUGAUAAUAAAUCUGAUUCUGAUUGUAAUUUGGUCUACUUUCCAAAGACAUACAAAGCCAACAUCACAAUCUCUGAACAGGGGUGUUCCAUCAAGAUGUGGAAGACUCAUAAAUAUUUACAAGCCAUCUGAGCAAAAACUAUAUGAUAAUUUUGUAAAAGCCUAUUUGCAGAACAAAAGUAUGAGCGAAAGUUGGUAACAAGAGAAAUGCUUUUAAUAGGCAUGGAAAUCCAUUGCUGAACUGCAACCCAGGAGUACAAUUCAGCAUUUGAACCAUGCUGCACCACAUUACUGAUCAGGCAACUAUCUUCAGAUCAAGGUAAGUUUUACUCAAUAUCUAAUUGAGACUCUCACAUUUUAAAAGGAACUUCUACCCUGCAGUGUACAAGAAAAGAAAUGCAGAUACAUUGAAUGUUGACCAUAUUUAAUAAGCAGCUGAUCGUGGAGAUAUGCAUCAUUGUGUGGCUGUAACAUAUCCUGAUUUUUUUAGUGUACUGAUUCUGUACUGAUUGAUCUGAGAAGUUACUACUACCAUAAACCCAUCAUUUGUUUUGAGUGUGCUUUACCUUCCCUGUGGGCUGGCUGGCCCUAGUGUUUUUAUUUGAACAAAUUUGGACCCAGAUUAGUGUGAACAGGUUGGCUCACAAUUGUCACCUGUCUCUGACAACUCUAAGUUGUAGCUCUGGAAUAGGAGGGAACUGAUUGAACACAAACUGUAAUGUUUUAUAGUAAGUAAAGGUAAAUCAUCAAUUGAUAAAUUUCUAUUUUAAUACUUUCAGCUUUUGGACCAGGUGUCAGUAGCAGGUUGUUAGAAUGGUCACAUCGCUAUCCAAAAUAUCUAUACAAUUUUGUUUAUCUUAGGUAUUAUAAUGUAUAUGGCAAAAGAGAAUAAAUAUUAAUAACAAUGUGUCAGCCUGCAGGUUGACAAUAGAAUUUACAAUAAAAGAAUCUAUUUUCUAGCAGAGUCUACUUUAACAGAGUCUAUAUGAACUGCAGUAAUUAGAACUACAGCAAAGUUUCACAGCAAAUGUAGAAUUAUUUCUCCAGCAAAAUACAGUGAGUGGAGGGUAAUUUCAUAAUUCAUAUUAUGAAUGUCAUGUCAGUCCAGUCACCUAAUGUAGCGUUAUUUCCAAGCAUAGUUGACAGCAAAAUUAGCUUAACAUCCUUACUCUGCCCCAGGCUUAUGUUAUUACUAUUGCAGUCUUUUAAUAAUCAACAUAAGAGCAAUCUUCAUUUUGUUCAUAACCUGGAAGGGAUGACCUGGUAAUUUAUACUUUUUAUUGACAGUGAGAGUCAUUGCUUUCUCUAAUCGUAUAUUUAUUGAUUUCUCAAUGAAACCCUUUUUAGAACUUUAAAAAGUUCAAGGCAGGUGAUGGUGAGUGAUAGAUUCUUAAUUUUCAUACAUAUAUAUAUAUAAAAUUUAUAAUAUCUUAUUUUUUAUUAGGAGGAAAGGGUGAAGGUCUGUAUGUUAAGCUUGUGCGUUGAGCAUAAACAUAAAGCCAUCCUGACAUUUUCCUCUUAUGUUCUCAGGUUUAUAUAUAUAAAAAAAAAUAGGCAGGGAGGAGAGAAAGAAAGAGAGAGUUAGCAAUGAGAGAAAUAUUUUUAAUUCCACUUUUAUUAGAAUUUUGCAGGAGCUAAAUGGCUGCCUACCAUCCAGAGAUGGUCUUUUAAAAAAAAGCAGCAGGAACAGAACAAGAGCAUGGAAGCUGAUUUCUUUCUUAAUGGAUGUGUAGACUUGUGGGAUUUCUCGUGUGACGUACCACACUUUUGGCACAAUGGUUGCCGGCUUCUCUUGUUGUUUCACUAUCUUAAGCUGAGACAGCAAAGAUUAUUAUAGAUAAGAUGUAGAGACCAAGUUAGAAGCACAAGUAGCCUGUGUUAUUUUAUAUCACUUUCCCAACCGUGCACUGUACCUGGUGGGAAUACUGUCUGCUCAAUAAGUCACAGGUAUGGGAAUACUUGUGCACAGCUCCGUGAAACUUCCAGUGAUGUUUUUGUGAUUUUAAGGGCAUGUAGUGGCAAUAACACAAGUUGUAUUUUAUAUAAAGUUGUGCAUAUAAUUUUUUUAAAACUUACAACUCACUUACAACAGAAGUAGAUUUAACCAAACUCUAGAAAUGUGUGUAUGAAGUUUAUUAUGAGAGGCCUGGAUUGUGUGACCUUUACCUCUUUUUCAAGCCUUUUUACUCCACUAACCCCAAAAUAUCUGAGGUCUUGUCAGGGCUUGAAUGUCACUCCUGGGGCAAAGGCUCCCAUUCUACGGAGAAGGGUUGUAUUAAGGUAGAGACCCACUAUUUGUAAUAUCGCUGUGUGUCUUCCUGUCUUGACCUUUGAAUGAGGUAUGGUGUCAUCACUCGUGUGUGUGUGUGUGUGUGUGUGUGUGUGUGUGUGUGUGUGUGUGUGUGUGUGUGUCCAUCUGUUCUAACACAGGUGAAAGAACUCCCUCUAUUUGUAUCCCGGGCCCCACUGCCUCUGAUUCAAAUGUCCAGAACUGAGUUCUUCCAUGAAAUUAGGAAGAAUCCUUCUGGACCCCUUGAAAUUAUGUCAUAUUUUGUAAAGUUUCACUGCUGUAUAGAGAGUAAUGUCCCUGAAGGAGAGCCUGUGCAUAGAAGUUGGAUGUGACUCAUGCUGGACAUGUGGUUUUUAAGAUUAGCUGGUCAAGCAACAAAGGCAUCAGUAAAAGUUUUACUAUAUCAAUUAAAACACCAGUUAAUGUGUUUCUAAUUUUUAAAUGGAAAUUAUGACUAACCCCCAAAGUAAACUUUCAUAAAGAAGAUCUUUUGAGGUGAGCUGUGGAGCCUGGAUAAGAGUUAUUAAACCAUAACCCAUAUUUUUCUAAGGUGCAUUCCUAGAAAAACACAGAUCUCCUUACCAGGAUAUCAGCCAAUUAGCUCUAAUCAGACAAACAUUUAAAAAUUCCAAUUUAAAACUUCACAGCAACUUUCAGAUUCCCUGCACCUUCUAUCCUUUGGAUGUCAGGAACCUGUGCAGGAGUCAGUCCAAAACCAAAAUAUUGAGGUAAAGUAAUCCGAACAGGAACUGCUGGAAAUAGUCAGCAGCCUCUCAAACCCCAAUUAGACUGAGAACAGUUCCCACCCUGCCACCUUGUGAAGGUCCUCAGUAACAGAUGCAGGCAGAUUUCCAUGUGCUUCUCCUUUCAAUUAUCUCAAAGCACUUAAUUGUAUUUUUUAUUUUUCAAAAAAAAAUGAGGUGGGAAAAAUUCUAUAAAAAUGAUGCUGAUCCCUCAUUUCCCUGAAGGAUCUACAUUUCAAAUGAUUUGUGCUAACAGGGAUUGGUGAUUACAGGUUCCAUUUGAUGCAUCGUGCUCUCUUCUGUCUGUUUUAUUAUGCAUUUAAAAGGGCAACAUUCUUUGAAAGCACUCAGUACCCCUGGGACCCUCUGCAGUUCUGGCUGGGAGAGAGGGAGGAUUCCAUAAAAUCACUGAUAUUUCACACAGUGAGUAGUGUAUCCAAAAACUAUUCCCAUUCCACCUUCCUGCCCUGACUGUACCUGGUAUUUGCCACAAAGUGCCCAGUUUUAAAUCUCAUCUGCUCACAUUAUCAUUAUAAUCCCAGCUCCACGAAUGGUUUGUAUCAGGGACUUUAUGGCAAAAGAAUGCGGCCCGUGGAAAAACACACAGUCCUACAAAUUGCUUCAGCAUACAGAAACAGAAGAGGUGGCUCAAAUUUCUUAUACUCAAUGAAUGUACUGUAUUUCUGUUUUUAAACGAUAGGGCGAGCUAAUAAUUAAAUUAGUCACCUUUUGUUAUUGUCCUUGUUUAAUUUGUUUAAGGUAUUUUUUGUAUACAAAAGUUUACAUUUUUUAUGUAUAUUUUUCUUGUGUACAAACUAUGUAAUAUGUGUAUAAACACUGUAUGUAAUAUCUGUAUAUAGUGUGAUAAAUGAUCUUUGUUUGGAUGUAUAAAUAAAAACUUGCU